AUGCUAACGGUGUAUGAUUCUUUGACAGGGAUGGAUCAGAAUUUUCCAAACGUCCUGACUGCAGAAGAUGUUGUCUACCCUGAGAAGGAAGCUAUGGAUCUUCAGCAAACCAUGCCUGAUUCCAUAUCUGAAGCGGAUGAAGUCUAUACAAUUUAUGACCCUGAUUCCCCUUUGCUGACUCCUGAUACAAAGCUGGGUGGAAACAAGGUCCAUCAUCAAGUUGCAUCUGCCAGUCCUGGUGGUGGCGCCAAUAGUUCUGAUCUCUCCUUAAAGGAUGGAUCUGAAUCAUCUGUGUCACAGUCAGACUCUGACUCCGAAUCUUCCAACUCUAGCAAUGCCUACUAUAGUCUCCCGUUAAACACUGGUCGGAAGGGACUGUCGUACCAGCUAGGGAAUGACGAAAAGGUAGAGAUCGUUGUGGCUGAUGAAAAUAAUGCAACUUAUGAAGAACUGCUCAGGAAAGUAUCCAUGUAUGAGAGCGAGUUGAAGCUUUCAAACCUAAGGCUGCAGAAGUCAGAAGAAGAGGUUUCCGGGUUGAAGAAUGAACUGAGAAAGGGUGCUGGAAGUAUGCAGUCUCAACUCCUAUCUGCUCAAAGAGUGAUCAAAGCUAGAGAAGGCGACCUCGAAGUUGAAAGGAGAAGAGCUGUGGAGCUGGAGAAUAGAAUAGCUGAAGGUGAGUCGGAACUGCUGCACCAGCUGGAGUUGGCUAGAGAAGAGAUAGCGGCAUUGAAGGAAAGCAACUUGAGUUACAGAGACCAACUGUCGGACCAAGAUGAAGAGGCGAAGGAGCUGAAAGCUGCAAUGCUUUGCGUGGAGGUGAAAUUCCAUGCUGAAAGGUCAGAAUUGCAGUCUUGCAUAUCAACCAUGUCAGAGCAACAGACGCUGCUGGAGGCAAGCAUCAAAGCAUGCGAAGCUGAGAAGAUGGAGAUGAAAGCUUUGCUUGAUGCUCAGGCAAUUCAGUUUGGAUCGGAGAUAAGUCAAUUGAAGGCAGAGCUCGCUAGCAGAGGUGAAGAACUUGAAGGCUUGAACAAGAACUUCAACACCUUCAAAAACAAACAUGACAUGGUCGUGGUGGAGAAGGAUGGGUUGAUUGCUAAGGUGAACACCAUAAAUGCCGAGCUGCGCUGCCAAGAUGAACAGAGAAAGGAAGUGGAAGAGCAUCUGAAAAGGUUGAACCUUGAGAAUGGGGAUUUGAUUGCUGACUGUGAGAGUGGAAGGAAGUUGGUAGAGGAGCUGAGAAUGAGUGUGGUGGAGCUGGAGAAGGAAGUGAAUCGGCAGAAGGGCGAGCUUUUAGCAGGUGCUGAGGAGAAAAGGGAGGCGAUUAGGCAGCUGUGCUUCUCUUUGGAGCACUACAGGAGUGGUUACAAAGAGCUUCGUGAAGCAUUUGUUGGACAGAAAAGGCUUCGUGUUGUAGCCUAG